AUGAAUGAAGAUUCCACCAGCUUCGACUUCAGCGAAGAAGGCGAAGACCAACACCAACCCGACCCCUCUACAGAUUUCCACCCGGGCCACAUCACCCGGGAUACCUUCCAGGCCCUACUAACCUGCUACCCGGCCACCUUAGAGGCCGUGACGCGCCGCAAGGCCAUAGAUCGCGUUCUCAAAACUGUCUCAAAACGAGGGAAGCAGGCCAAACGCUUAAAUCAGGCGCCUCCUUCUCAGGUUGUGACUCCUGAGUUGGAUGAGGGGCAGAAGAAGCAGGUUGAGGCUGAGGUCGAGGCGUUCCGGGAGUUGGACGCCCUGAGGUAUGAGGAGUUGCCGGGUGUGGCGGCCGAGAAGAGGGCUUUGGAGAAGGAGGAGGUUGUGAAGUUGGUUGAGUGGAAGUUGAAACAUGGUAUUUUCCGUCCUACACUGCUGGGCAUGGUGAAGGCGAAUCAAGCAAAAACUGUUCAAAAAGCUACAUCGGAUGCUUUUACGGCAGUGAACCCGACUACACCCGCCGAGGGUGAAGCUGGGGCUGAAACUGGGGAUAAGCCAGAAACCGACCCGACAGCUUCAUUCCCCAAGCCGAGCCUAGACGCUCUAAUGAAACCGCUCCGCGGCGUAGGCAUAGCUACAGCGUCGCUACUCUUAUCUGUGGGCACGAUCCGUGACCCCGAGCAUGAGGCUCCAUUCUACAGUGACGAUACGUACCUCUGGCUAUGUAUGAAGGAGUUCCCGUGUCCCGGGACCCGGCUCGGUCAGGAGAGCGAAAAGACAGAGAUCAACAAGCUCGGGAAGAAGGCGAGCAAGUUCCGACGGCCGAAUGGCGAGAUCAAUGUCAAAUAUGAUGUCUCGGAGUAUCGGACGCUGUGGACGGCUGUCAAUGAAUUGCGGGCGAGGUUGAAUGAGUCCGAGACUCCUUCAGGGAAGGUUUCUUGUGCGGAUAUUGAGAAGGUGGCUUUUGUGUUGAGGCAUAUUGAUGUUUCGGGGUAUUUGGAGGAAUAUGAUGUCGUGGAUCAUGAUUUGCAGCCGGCGGAUGAGGGGACUCAUGAGGCGAAGGCGAAUCCGGGGAUUAAACGAAAGCGACUCGAUAAGGAGGACCUGAAGAAGGGAGGUCGGAAUAAUAAUCUGAAGAAAAGAUUAAGAGGAUCAAUUGACGUCUCCUCAAAUGCUUAUCUCCCCGUUGGCGCCAUUCAAGCGGGCCGGGACCACAUCGUCCACCAACGAUAUGAAGCACAAUCUCCCCACAUCGUGGCGGGCCUCGUCACCCACGCUGCUCAAUUUGCGUCGCCGAUGAUGAAUCCCAUGAACUUUUACACCAAAGUGGGAACAUCGUUGCUUUCCCCUUUUCUAUGUACUCUGUCACUGACUUGA